AUGCGAGCCAGUUCCACGUCAUCAACCGAUUCGAACGGCUUCCCAGUGAAAGACGCCGAUGCGCUCAAGCUUUUUGUAGGGCAGAUUCCGCGAAAUCUCGAGGAAAAGGACCUGCGUCAUCUGUUCGAGCAGUUCGGCAAAAUCUACGAGUUCACCAUCCUUAAGGACAAGUAUACAGGUAUGCACAAGGGUUGUGCCUUCCUCACCUACUGCCACCGUGAGAGCGCAGUGAAGUGUCAAGCAGCUCUUCAUGAUCAGAAGACCCUCCCAGGGAUGAAUCGUGCCAUGCAGGUGAAACCUGCCGACACUGAAAGUCGACCAGCCAGCCCGAAAGACAAGGUCGAUGAUAAGAAGUUGUUUGUUGGGAUGCUCUCAAAGCAUCAGUCCGAGGACGAGGUUCGAGCUCUGUUCGCUCCUUUCGGUGUUUUGGAAGAGGUGACCGUCCUACGUGGCGCUGAUGGAGCGUCAAAGGGAUGUGCUUUCGUGAAGUUCAAGAACGCUUUGGAUGCUCAAAUGGCGAUCACCGCACUCCACGGCAGUCAGACAAUGGCCGGCGCUUCGUCAAGUCUCGUGGUCAAGUACGCCGACACCGAAAAAGAACGACAGGUCCGUCGGAUGCAGCAGAUGGCCGCGCAGAUGGGUCUCCUGAAUCCGGUGCUUGUCAACCAGGUCGGCGCUCAAUAUAGUGCCGCAUAUCAGCAGAUUCUCCAGCAGCAAGCCCUAGCUAACGCCGCUGCCGCUCAAACUUCAGCCGCUUAUAUGCCUCUUGUACAACAUCCUGCGCUAAUGCAAAUGCCUGGUACUGCUCCACUGCUCACUCAACAAGGCCUCACCCAAAUUGGUCUCGCCGCUGGUUCCCAGAUGAUACCGGGGAUGCCGGCUCAACAUCACUUUCAAGCGCUUCAAGCGCUUGCAGCUCAACAGCAACAUAUGCAAGCAGAAUUUCAGUGCUCUCUGCUCGGUCCCGAAGGCUGCAACCUAUUCAUCUACCAUCUGCCUCAAGAGUUUGGCGAUGCCGAACUCAUACAGAUGUUCGCGCCAUUCGGCAAUGUGAUUUCGGCCAAGGUAUUUGUGGACCGAGCCACCAACCAGAGCAAAUGCUUCGGAUUCGUGUCGUACGAUUCGUUGGCGGCAUCACAGGCCGCGAUCGCAGCGAUGAACGGCUUCCAGAUUGGCAUGAAACGCCUCAAGGUGCAGCUGAAGCGACCGCGUCAAGAUCGUCCAUACUAG